AUGCGAGAAAAGGGGGGUGGGAAGGUGGGAGGGGGUGCAGGCCGCGCCUCCACUCCUCCUCCGCUUCCUUCCUCGUCCUUCACAGGUCACGCCCAAGUUACGGCUUUUCCCUCUCUGGCAUGCACACACGUGCAAGCAGCACUCAAUUCCAGUGACGCCCGGUUGUGCGUGCGGACGCGCAUGCAAUCUACCAACUUAUCCCUCCCCCCUCCCUCUAUCUUCCUCUCUUGA